AGAAGAUAGCAUGCAGCAAAUCUUAAGAUCAUUGGGUGGCGUGUCUAUGAGAAGAUCAACUCAGUUGGUCAGCAGAAGACUUGCUUCCACGUCUGGAGAAUGGGCCCCGCCACACGUGAACAGAAUGCACAAAAUUUUGGGUACUGUUUGUGAAACGACCAUGUGGCUGUGGAUCUUCUGGAGAGCGAAGCACGACUGGAGAGAAUUCCUGGGACUCGAGCAUCCGUGGGAAGGACAUCACUAAGCAAGGUGAAGUGUAACUGUAAAUGGCC